CCAACUGCCAUUCCCCGGGGCGGGGUCCAGGAGGCCAGGCCAUGUGGCUCAUCUUGCUUCUGCUGAGUGGGCUGAGUGAACUUGGCGGCCUUAGUGAGUCCCAAACAGAAGGCACUCGUGAGAAAUUACACGUGCAAGUCACGGUGCCAGAGAAAAUCCGGUCCGUCACAAGCAAUGGCUACGAAACACAGGUGACCUACAAUCUCAAAAUCGAAGGGAAAACAUACACCUUGGACCUAAUGCAAAAACCGUUCUUGCCUCCCAACUUUAGAGUCUACAGUUAUGACAACACAGGAAUCAUGAAGUCUCUUGAGCAGAAGUUUCAGAAUAUCUGCUACUUCCAAGGAUACAUUGAAGGUUAUCCAAAUUCUAUGGUGAUUGUUAGCACAUGUACUGGACUCAGGGGUUUUCUCCAAUUUGGAAACGUUAGCUAUGGAAUUGAACCUCUGGAAUCUUCCAGUGGUUUUGAACACGUGAUCUACCAAGUGGAACCUAAGAAAGGAGACACAUUACUCUACGCCGAGAAGGAUAUCGAGUUAAGAGACGUGCAGUAUAAGAUACGAAGUAUCAAGCCACAGCGGAUCGUCUCUCACUAUCUGGAAAUACAUAUUGUUGUUGAAAAGCAAAUGUUUGAGCAUAUCGGGGCUGAUACAGCCAUUGUCACUCAAAAGAUUUUCCAGUUGAUUGGACUGGCAAAUGCUAUCUUUGCCCCCUUUAAUCUUACAGUAAUUCUGUCUUCCCUGGAAUUUUGGAUGGAUGAAAACAAAAUCUUGACCACAGGCGACGCUAACAAGUUGCUCUACAGGUUCCUGAAGUGGAAACAGUCAUACCUUGUUCUGCGACCACAUGAUAUGGCGUUUUUACUCGUCUACAGGAACACUACCGAUUAUGUUGGCGCCACCUAUCAAGGGAAGAUGUGUGACAAGAACUAUGCAGGAGGCGUUGCUCUGCACCCCAAAGCCGUAACUCUGGAAUCACUUGCAAUUAUUUUAGUUCAGCUGCUGAGCCUCAGCAUGGGGCUAGCGUAUGAUGACGUGAACAAGUGCCAGUGCGGCGUACCCGUCUGCGUGAUGAACCCGGAAGCGCCUCACUCCAGCGGUGUCCGGGCCUUCAGUAACUGCAGCAUGGAGGACUUUUCCAAGUUUAUCACAAGUCACAGCUCCCACUGUCUGCAGAACCAGCCACGGCUACAGCCAUCUUACAAGAUGGCGGUCUGUGGGAAUGGAGAGGUGGAAGAAGAUGAAGUUUGCGACUGUGGAACGAAGGGCUGUGCAGAAAUGCCCCCGCCAUGCUGUAACCCCGACACCUGUAAGCUGUCAGAUGGCUCCGAGUGCUCCAGCGGAAUGUGCUGCAACUCAUGCAAGCUGAAGAAGAAAGGGGAGGUUUGCAGGCUUGCCCAUCAUGAGUGUGAUGUCACAGAGUACUGCAAUGGCACAUCCGAAGUGUGUGAAGACUUCUUUGUUCAAAACGGUCACCCGUGUGAAAAUCAAAAGUGGAUCUGUGUUAACGGCAUCUGUCAGAGUGGAGAACAGCAGUGCCAGGAUCUAUUUGGCAUCGAUGCAAACUAUGGGACAAGUGAAUGUUUCUGGGAGCUGAAUUCCAAGACUGACAUAUCUGGGAGCUGUGGAAUCACUGCUGCGGGAUACAAGGAAUGCCCUCCUAAUGACCGGAUGUGUGGGAAAAUAAUAUGUAAAUACCAAAGUGAAAAUAUACUUAAAUUGAGGUCUGCCACUGUUAUUUAUGCCAAUAUAAGCGGGCAUGUCUGCGUUUCCCUGGAAUAUCCCCAAGGUCAUCAGGAGAGCCAGAAGAUGUGGGUGAGAGAUGGAACCAUCUGCGGGCCAAAGAAGGUUUGCCAGAAGCAAAAAUGUGUAGCAGACAGUUUCUUGGGCUAUGAUUGCAGCCCGGAAAAAUGCAACCACCAUGGUGUAUGUAAUAACAAGAAGCACUGCCACUGUGACCCCACAUACUUACCUCCAGAUUGUAAAAUAAUGAAAGAUUCAUAUCCUGGCGGGAGCAUUGAUAGUGGCAACAAGGAAAGGGCCGAACCCAUCCCUGCACGGCCCUACAUUGCAAGUGCUUACCGCUCCAAGUCUCCACGGUGGCCAUUUUUCUUGAUCAUCCCUUUCUACGUUGUGAUCCUUGUCCUGAUUGGGAUGCUGGUAAAAGUCUAUUCCCAAAGGAUGAAAUGGAGAAUGGAUGACUUCUCAAGCGAAGAGCAAUUUGAAAGUGAAAGUGAAUCCAAAGACUAGUCUGAACAGCAAAGAUUCCACAAUGUCACAAGUAAUUCUCUUCAGUGGACAG